ACUUUCAGGGGUAGUGCGAGGGGGUUUUCGCCACCAGAGGACGCUACCGGUGGCCAAAAACGGAAACGGCUACGCUCGUUACAAAAACAGACGUGCCACCGCGGAGUUCGACUAGUUUCGUGUCUGCAUUCGGGCGAUUCACUGGUCGGAAUUUUUGGUGCGGGUGGUUGUCUACCUUCAGGCGCGAAAUAAAGUUCGUUCGGUUUGUUUUGCGAAACACGUACCGUUUUCGAUUCUGGAAAAGAUUAUUGAGCUGAAUAAAAAAACAAAGUUUUUUUUGGGGAAAGUUCCGGUCUGUUUGGUCUUUGUUUGUUCGUCCGGCGACGGCGCCUGCAAGUAGGCUAUAAAUCGGUCGUUUUCGGUUUUUUUUGCCGGCGGCCAAACGAAAGUAACUUUCUGGCCUUUCUCCGGUAGAAUACAAAUUCGGGGUCAUCCCUUUAUCCUUCGGGGUAGGAAAAUCGGAACAAAGAAAGUUUUUUUUCUCGAAAAGGGAAACGUCUAAAAACAAAACGCUUCUGCUUAGUCACACACUAAACUUUGUUCGGAAAAAUCUAGAAGCAGAAAAAGAAGCCGAAAUUUCCGCCAUUAAUGUGAUUAAUGAUGUGCGAAGGCGAUUAGUGAAAUUAGGCAAUUCACAGUGGCUUAGUCGAUGAAGGAAGGAGGAAGAGCCAAGUCAGUCGUGAAGAAGCUUAAGAUUGCUUAGCUUUAAUCGCCUGAAUGGCGAUAGCAGCGCAGUGUGAUGAUGAUGGUGCAGAUGGCGCGCUUCGGCUGGAAGAUGGGAUGAAAAUGUGCGUCUGAUGGAAAUGUGUGCGUUUUUUUUUCUUCUUUUUUUGGGAGGAGUGAGGUUGAAAUGUGCUGAGUGAUACCCGAAAUUGGAUCUUUUUCUUCCUCGAAAUACCCAGCGAAAAAAAGUGAUGAGAAGGGAAAGGUUAAAUGUUAUGGCGUGAAAGUCAUCGAAUGCCGAGGAAGUGAAGAUUGUUUUCAGUGUCACGUCAUCACGACACGACGUUGAGUUUCCGGGUGCGAAGACAAAAUUGUUGUGCUAAAACAAACAACGCGUUGCAGGUGCUGUUGGUAGAUUGAAGAAGAGUCUUUCGAGGUGCUGUGAGCAGUGAGUAACAUCACGGCUCGUCACCACCACCUCCGGCGCCACCGCCCGGGAUGGAGUUCAAGCACGGCUCCAACACGGCCACCAUUGCCACGAUAGACGGCGGAAACCCGCCACUUCCGGCCACCCUGCUCCACCCGCCCGCCUCGCCCACCAACGUCGGCUGCUGCGCGAUAAGCCGCCGAAUUCCCCCGCGGCCGCCGUCGGAGAUUUACUUCGAGAGCCGCGGCAAGUGCUGCAAGAAGCUGCUCCGAUACAACGGAUAUCCGAACAAGGUCCUGCUGUACCCGGAGGAGGGCUGGGCCCGCAGUGCCGCAUCCAGCUACUGGACCAUCUCGCCGUGCCGGUGGCGACGGAACCGAUGCAUCGUCGAGGAGGUGGCCGGUUCUAGAAAACAAUCAACCCAGGGUCGAAUGAUCGUCGUUGGUGACGGUGCUCUGCUGAUAGUGGGAACUUUCAAGCGACGCGUUCCCGAUCCUGACUUUAAGCUGUACCUGUCCUCAAACAUCACGCUGGCGGACUACAACAUGGGCUACUGCCUGACGGGGACACUCGAGCGGGGUGACCAGCACGCGAACCAGUUCCAGACGACCCACUUUGCCGUUAUUCGGCGCUGCUGGCCGGCCUCAAACGACGGCCACGACUCCCAAACCCACAAAACCCAACAUACGUACAUUGACUUUCUGUUCAACCGAUGAUAGGAGGCGGAGGAGGAAGAGCAGGAAUUGAACGCCGGUUAAACUUUAUUUAAAAAAAAAAAGCGGGAAAAGAGGAGUAAAAAAUUAUACGUAAGUGAAAUUUAACCAGAAAAAAAAGAAUCGGUGUUAAAAAAUCACUCUUAAUUUCAACGGAAGCAUAAAUUUUGAUGACCGUGUUUUAAUCAUUCAUGUCCGAGCCGAGGAGAGCGAAAAAAAAACGAAGCACUCAAAAAAGUAAUAUAAAUCAAAAGGGUAAAAUAAAUGCUCUCGUGCGGGAUUGGAAAUCGAUCUCAAAUGGUCGAUUGGCACAAUAAACCAACGCAAACGAAGAGGGAAAUGGCAAAUCUUUUUUUUUUAAUAUUUAACAACGUAGGCGACUCGAAAAAAUCAAAAUGAAGCGUUUGUAGCAGGUACAGGAAUGGAAUCAAAAAUUAACCAAAAAAAAGGUGGAAGAGAGAUAUUUUUGUAAUUUGUAUCGUUUUGUACAUAGCACAGAGGACAUCAAGUUUUAAAUGUCAUGACAAAUAAAGAAAUGAAGAAAAAAACAAGCUAAAAUGCGCUAGUGUUAAAAUUUGUGGGCUUAACAAUCAAAUCAAAUUUGUAUCAUCACAAACAGCACGAUCAUCCAUCACGAGUUUACUAAGUUGCGUCAACAAGUCAGGAUUGAAAUAUCACUUGUUGGAAAAAUGGAUGAAAUUUCAAACUUGAUCUUCAAAUGAUAAAUGUCGUGCCUUCAUUUGGGGUGCCGUUAGAACAGACACAGAGCAACUAAAUUUAGACAUCGCUUUCCAAUGUUCCGAUUCACCCCAGUUGACGGUGCUGCUUAUUUUCGUUAUGAUUUUGGCUUUCAGUGGUGUUUUAUCAUAUGGUAAGGACAUACCAAAUCUGAUGAGUUGUUGGUUUUAUACUAUGCUUAAAAAUUAUUUAUUUAUAAAUUCUUAAAAAAAAACUUAGUGCUGAAGGUCGUAACGACUAAAGAUCCAAUGCAAACUAACUAGAGAUUUGAUUUCCAAAAUAAAAUCUUAUUUAUAUUCCGUUUUUCCAUUGAUGGCUAUUCCUACCAUUUUUAAAAUAUUGAAAUAAAGCCUCCCCCCCCCCCCUCCUCCCGCAAGAGCGUCUGUUCCCCAGGUUAGGGGCGGCUCAAGGUAACUGGUGUCCUGCUCCAUCGUCGAGGUAAGCGUCUGUUCUCCAUGUUAGGGGCGGCUUACAGCAGAUAGAGUUUGGA